GGAGGAAGCUUAUCGGUCGGUGCCUGUUGCAAAGAUGGUAAACACAAGGUUAAUGGACGCGUUAUAUAAACCUUUCCCUUUUUAUCUAAAGGAGGAGCCCGUAUAUUGUUGCAUUUCGCAGAUUGAUUUAGAAUGGAUGACAGUGAAGCUGGCUCUAGCCCAUAGCUGACGAAAGCCGCUUAUCUCUGCGGUUGCCAUGGAGAUGAACAGGAGCAAGGGAGAAGCUGCUAGUCAGAGAAGCAGCAUCUGCGGGGGUCUGCAGGAGGGAGGCAGCAAAUAUGGACUUGCAUUGUGAAUGUGCGGAGUCUCCAGCAGCCGAGCAGCCAUCAGGAAAAAUCAACAAGACCGCUUUUAAAAUAUUCGGGAAGAGGAAAUCUGGCGGGGCCAUGCCAAGUAUUUUUGGUGUGAAAAACAAAGGGGAUGGUAAAAGCGCAGACAAAAUGGGAAUGGUACGGAGCAAGACCUUGGAUGGAUUAGCCGAUGUGGUGCUGGAAAGCAGCAACAAGAAAGACGAACAGGGGGUGGAAGGGGCUGCCGUUCCCACUGACAAGGUGAACUCAGGUGUAAAUACCCCGUCUGUGACAAUAAUAGCAGACGUUUCCUCAGACAGCUCGGUGGCGAAGUCGCACAGUUUUUUUAAUUUGCUGAAAAGGAGCAGCAGGUCGGAAAACGCAAAGGAUGAGAAUGCGGAGCAGAAGCCUGUCAGUAGACAAAAGAAAGGGCUGAAGGGACUAUUUAAUAGCAUGCGAUGGAACAGGAAAGAGAAAAGCUACAGGGAUGACAGAGAGGAGGCUUCGGAAAACGCACCUGGCCUGAUUUUGACGGGCUCUUUGACUGCUAGUUUAGAAUGUAUUAAAGAGGAGGUACAGAAACCUUUGUGUGAAACUAUAAAGGCCAGCGAGGAUCUCACCAUUGAUUUGCCCUGCGAUGAGCAAAACGGGAAAGUAAACACCUCGGUAGGGGGCAAUCAAGCGAAGGAAAUUGCAGAAUCUCCCUGUUUGUCAUCAUACGAUGGUGACCACAAACCCCAAGAAGAAGAUGCUUCAAGCAGACAGCACGUGGAGGACAUUACCUACCUGCCAGAACCAGAGGCGAAGACCCUUGAUGAAAAGAAGGAUGAAAUCAUAACAGGAUGCGGCGAUAUUAUUGCAGACCAGGAUGACGACGGAGGGAGCAGCGCCAGCGCCCGGAAUGUAUCUGGGAAUGGCAAGAAAGCCAUCUGCAAAAAGAUCCCUAACAUUGUUGCUUAUCAGGGAGGAGGAGAGGAGAUGGCAAGUCCUGAGCAAGUGGAUGAUACCUACAUACAGGAUAUUUGGGGUGUGGAAACGCAAGCAGAUGAAGCAAGCAAUGCAAUGGAUAAAACAAGCAGCACUUCACAGGCCUCAGGAGAGGUAAAACACUCGGAAAGCACGUGUGACAAGAAUUCUGUCAAACCGUCUAAACUCAAACAGGUAGCCAUUAAUCGAAAUGGGAAAGGAGAGCAAAAAAACAGGGGGAAGGAUCAGCAAAAGUGUGUACGAAAUAGCGAUGAGGGUUACUGGGAUUCAACAACCUCAGGUCCUGAAGAAGAGCCAGCCAAGAGCGUGGCCAGGAAGGCAAUUCCCAGAGACAGCUGUAGCGGAGAUGCUCUGUAUGACCUAUAUACAGAACCAGAUGAAAACAUUGCCAAAGCGCAUGUGGUAGAGGAAAUCCCAAGCCUGGCACACGCCAAACCACUGUCUCCAGUGACUGCCGCACACCCGGUAAAAACAGCAGCUUUUACGAAGGAUUCAAAGAUACCCAUUAGUGUUAAACAUCUACCAAUUCACCCACCAAGUCAUGGGGCCGACUCCAGUAAUAGCAGCAGCUCCGCAGCUGUACAACCACAGCCGGUGAAAAGUGAGCUGCCCAGAACAAAAAUCCCAGUCUCUAAGGUACUUGUAAGAAGGGUCAGUAAUAAGGCUUUAACCGGGACAUCUGUUAAACCAGUCUACUAUGACCUUGCCCGGAAGUGACUCCAGCAUGGACAGACAGCCAACUCUGAUAUGUCUUACUGUUUUCUCAAUAGCCAGCUGCUAAUUAAAGGAUAAUUUCAUGUAACACGGGACAUGUAUGAAAUCCUCAUGUAAUCCAGGGCAAAUCUUCAAAUCAAUGUUCCUAAAAUUUUGUUACAGCAGAUUUUUAUUGUCUAUUUCUUUUUUAAUGUUUGUAUGUUUUUGGUACAGUGCCGGGCAUCCCUUUUGGAUGCUUUUUCUUUUUUUUCAUUUAAGUUAGCAUUUUAAAUGUUACAAAUGAAUGAAUUGGCAGAAAGAGGUAGAGAGUGCGUGUGUAUAACCUUAUUUUAAUACAGCAUGAGUGUUUUAACCUCUGACAUUCCUGUUACUGUAGGUUCUGACAGAGAAUCAUGAGUUGUGACCUGCAGCUUUUGAGUAUCAAGGGAUGUAUUUAAUAAAACUACUAACUAUUUCAAGCAAGCAAAA